GAAAUGGCGUCGCCUGGCGAUCUCGGUUCCUCAACACUUUCUGGAAAGAUUUCUCCUUUUUACCUCUUUUUAGCUUUGGCAAGUUUCGGUUCUUCUGUUACAAAGCUCUCUCUUUCGUCACUGCCGUCCUCUGUUAAAAGUUUCCUUUUGCUCUCCCGCAUCUGGAGCCCUCCCUCCUUCCUCCUCCUGACAAUUUUUUUUUUGCCUCCUUUUCUUGAGGUAUCGUAAAAGACAGUGGGAACAAAUUCCAAUCUACGUGUUCGAGGAUUCCGGCUUAAGAUAUUGGGAUGAUAUUCUCUCUCUGUUUCUGGGGUUUCAAGAUUUCUCCUGGGAUUCAUUCACUGCUCGCCCAUUGAUGCGAAAUCUGUGCAAAUAGAGCUGAUUUUUGCUUUCCGGAGCCGAACUGGAUCUCAAGAUCACUUUUUUCCCUGUUCCGACACCAACGCCACUCCAGAUUCACAGAAGGGUGUGCGCUGAUUUGUCGUCUGAUUCGAAGCAUUUGAAGCAAUGUCCUCGAAUCAUGCGAGUUAGGUCUCGCAAUCGGGUUCCAUGGAAAUGGGAUCUCAAGGGGGCGGUUUCGGUGGCGGCGUUGGCGGCGGCGGCGAAGCCACGCCACAGCCACUGUCGAGGCAAGGCUCACUGUAUGGCCUCACGCUUGAUGAGGUCCAAAACCAGCUGGGGUGUUUGGGGAAACCACUGGGAAGUAUGAAUCUUGACGAGCUUCUCAAGAGCGUGUGGAGUGUGGAGGCCAAUCAAGGCCCGAAUGCGGGCACUGCCGACCCCGGGAGUGCGCAAUCCGGCCUAAUCGCUCCGCUGCAGAGGCAGCCGAGCUUCACACUCUCGAGGGCUCUCAGCAAGAAGACUGUUGAUGAGGUGUGGAAAGAUAUUCAACAGGGCCAGAUUGAUGAUGGUAGUGAUAAGAGCAAGAAGAAGAAGAGGAAGGAUAGCGGUCAUUGUGACCAAGAUCCAAAGCCUUCAUUGGGUGAGAUGACACUUGAGGACUUCUUGCACAGGGCAGGAGUGGUGGCUGAAUCUCCCGUGAUCAACAAGAACGGGGAUCAUGUUUUAGGGGUUGAUUCUGUGAAUAGCGGUGGCCCUCAAAGUGCUCGGUGGAUGCAUUACCAGCUCCCUUCCAUUCAGCCGCAACAAAACGUGGUGCCGGUCUUCAUUCCAGGCCACCACGUGGUCCAGCAACCCGUCCCAAUCAUGGCGAGUCCCUUUCUGGAUUCGGCAUUCGGCGAUGUGGCGCAGAUGACUGUAUCGCCCUCCUCCCUGUUGGGCACAUUAUCAGAUACCCCGACACCAGGCCGCAAAAGAGUUGCCCCAGGAGACGUGGUGGAGAAGACUGUGGAGAGGAGGCAAAAAAGGAUGAUUAAGAACAGGGAAUCUGCGGCUCGGUCUCGCGCGAAGAAGCAGGCGUAUACACAAGAGUUGGAGCAUAAGGUUUUGCGCCUAGAGGAGGAAAAUGAAAGACUAAGAAGAAAGCUGGAGGCAGAGAAAGUGUUGCCAACCACACCGCCUGCCGAGCUGAAGAAUCAGCUCCGAAGAACUAGUUCGGCCCCACUUUGAUGUUGCACCAUACGUGACUGCUAGGGACGAGAUUACUCCUAACCUCCGUUUGUUUCUUUGACCGACUUCGGCACGUCGAUCUCGUCAAUUGUUUGAAGUCGAUGCUUCGAUGCUCUGCUGACCCGCAGUUCGAAAUUCCUAGGUUUGUGCAUUUUCUUUUGCCGGUUCUGAUUGGUCUUUGGCGUCCUUCCAUGGUGUUUACAAUAUGUACAUUAAUUAUGAUAACCCAGUUUAUGCAAGCAUUAUAGA